UUUAUUGCUAACGUAUUUGCGGCCACCUAUCCAAGUAUUGGACAUUCGCUAAACAUUUUUACAUUUCACUCGUUUGGAGUAUUUGAAGUGAGAAACGUGACGAAAAGGAACUCGUACCAGGACUUUUUUCCAAGCUUAGAUUUUAAUUAUCAUCAGCACAAGCUGCGAGUGACUCCAUUUUUAAAUACUCUCUACGAACGAUUCUGGCUCUCAGUGUUUCAGGUAAUGAAUGCGACAUUUACAAUCGAAAAUAUUCAUUAUGAAGCAAAGAGACUUGACAUUGCCAGUGGCAUUGGGGUGAUGACUGAAAAGUCAAAUAGACUUGAUGUGUAUCCGAUUAUGUUAAUACAUGAAAAUAUUAUUGUUCCCGAAGCAGAGCCAUAUUCCAACUUUGGCGCUUAUCUUCAAAUGUUAACGACGAACGAUUUUUUUGCUUAUUGUGCAGGUGCAUUAACUUUGAUUGUAAUAAUUCUAAGUGCCUGUCGGUACAUCAAGCAAGGAAAAAUUUUAUUCUUUCAAAGUUUGAUCGACGUUCUGAACCUUCUGAUCAACGACAACGGUUACAUAAACUAUCAACGGCUGUCUCGUGCCGAGGCGUUUCUAAUUGGAUCGCUAACAUUCGUAGGAUUUAUUGUCGUGAACGGAUAUCUCUCGGAUUUACAAAGUUACUUCACGAAACCAUUUCUUCAGCCCCAGCUGAAGACUGUAACUGAUAUUUACAAUUCACCUCUUACGAUCGCAGUCUCAGAGGAUUGGGCAGAUGAAGUUGCUGAAAUCGUUGCUCAUCGGUCAACACAUAAAGAUUGGACCAACAAAAUUCGUGUAAUUCAAAGGGACAAAUUUUCUUAUCAAUACUGGAAGUUUGAUACUUCGACAUCUUAUGUGAUGAGCGCUAUUGAUUUCGACAUGAUGUCGAGAAUUCAACGACGACUGAACAUUCGAGGGUUUUACGAUACUGGCGUUACAGUUCUAGCCUACCUGUUAACGUUUCCAGUAUUAGAUUCGUUUUUGUUUUUCGAUAAACUAAACGAAAUUAUCCACUGGACAUACAGCUCAGGAUUGCUUUAUCAAUGGAUAAGAGAAACCUUUUAUCAAACAGAAAAAAUUAUCCUAACUUACAACCGCAAACGCUUGGAAAAUCAACAACAGACUGUUGAAGUUGUACAGAUCGAUUUUUCAAUGAUCAUUAUUUAUGGUUGGAUUGCAGGCGUAAUCAUAUUAAUUAUUGAAAUCUUGUGGAAUAAGAACUUUAGACCAUUACAAGAUUUUGUGGAAACUGAGGACAACGUUUCAUUUCAUAUUUUCAAUGAUUCGCUAAAAAGUAGCAUCAAAGACGCUACUUAUCAAAAAUAA